GGUUACUGCGAGCGCACCCAUUUAGCAGGAAGUGAAGGGACCUGGUUUCCGGUGUUAGAGAGGAGUUGUCUAAGGUUUUGUUGACGGGGUCGCGGCAGAUUCUCCAGACGCCAUGGGGAAGAGGCAGCACCAGAAAGAUAAGAUGUACAUCACCUGUACAGAAUAUACCAACUUCUAUGGUGGCAAGAAAGCAGUUAUUCCACAAGCCAACUUCCGCCGCUUGGCUUUUGAUCACUGCAGCUUGUCCCUUCAACCCUUUGAGUACCCAGUGUGUACACCUGACGGAAUGGUGUUUGAUCUCCUGUGUAUCAUUCCAUGGAUAAAGAAAUUUGGAACCCAUCCAACCACUGGUGAGAAAUUGGAUGUUAAAUCUCUCAUUAAGUUGAACUACCAUAAAAACAAUGAAGGAAAGUACCACUGCCCAGUGAUGUACUCUGUCUUCACAAACAACUCUCAUAUAUUGGCAAUCAAGUCUUCAGGAAAUGUCUAUUCACAUGAGGCUGUGGAGCAGUUGAACAUUAAGACCAAGAAUUUUAAAGAUCUGCUAAAUGACGAACCUUUUACUCGGCAAGACAUCAUCACACUGCAAGAUCCAUCCAAUGUGGACAAGUUUAAUGUUUCAAAUUUUUUCCAUGUCAAAAGUGGCCUGAAGGUUCCUGAUCCAGAUGAGGAGAAAGCAAAGUCAGACCCAUCCUACUAUCUCAAAUCCACCAGUCUGGAGCUGAGGGAAACUCUGACUGAGCUGUACAGAGAUUAUAAAGGCGAUGAAAUGCUGGCAUCUAUCAUGAAAGAACCAGCGAAAAAGAAAGUGGAUAAAAUAAAUGCGGCACAUUAUUCUACAGGAAAAGUCUCAGCUUCCUUCACAUCCACAGCAGUGAUGCCUGAAACUACACAAGAAGCAGCGGCAUUUGAUGAUGACCAGGUCCGUUACCGCUACGUCAAAAAGAAGGGCUAUGUCCGACUCCACACAAACAAAGGGGAUCUGAACUUGGAGCUGCAUUGUGAAAUGACCCCAAAGGCAUGUGAAAAUUUCAUCAAAUUGUGCAAAAAGGGAUAUUAUGAUGGAACAAAAUUUCACAGAUCUAUCCGGAACUUCAUGAUUCAAGGAGGUGACCCAACUGGUACCGGCACUGGUGGAGAGUCGUACUGGGGAAAACCUUUCAAGGAUGAGUUCAAGCCCAAUCUCUCUCAUGCAGGUCGCGGCAUCCUUAGUAUGGCCAACUCAGGACCCAACACCAACAAGUCACAAUUCUUCAUUACAUUCCGCUCUUGUGUCUACCUGGACAAGAAGCACACAGUCUUUGGAAGAGUAGUCGGUGGCUUUGAGACAUUAACAGCCAUGGAGAACGUGGAGAGUGAUGUGAAGACUGACCUGCCAAAGGAAGAGAUCAGAAUUGAGAGCACAGCAGUGUUUGUGGAUCCUUUUGAAGAAGCAGAUCUUCUGAUUGCAGCAGAAAGGGAGAAAAAUAGGAAUGAGGAAGAGGAGGAAAAGGCCAAAGCGAAGCCAGUUGAGCCUAAAAGCAGUAAGAGUACAGCCCCAAAAACCUACCGACAAGGAGUUGGAAAAUAUAUUGACAUGGGAGCUAAAAAACGGGUAGCGGAGGAUCAGGACAGCAGCCCGUCAACCAGUAGCAACAAGAAAACCAAAGGGAUCACGGGUUUCGGUGACUUUAGCUCAUGGUAAAGCUUGGCCUAAACAGCAACCGUUUAAGAGGAGAGAACACCAAGCAGCAGUGCUGGCUGCCCACUUUCCACGUUCAAAAGAAACUCUAAAAGAUCUGCAGAUGGUCAAAUGUGUGACUGAUUUUCCACCAGAGCGCUCUUCCUCCGCUAACUAAAAGUGGUAUGAGAUGGAAAAAUCCGUGAAUAAUCUUAAGCAAUGCCCAAGUUUCCAUCCUAGCACAGAACGAGAAUUUUAUUUCCUUGCUGAGACCACAUUCUGGAUUUUGGUAAACUUUAUAUUUGCAGACGAUGGGACUAGCCAAUUUUCUCAUGAAAUACUUUUUUUCUAUGUGGUUUCAAUUAAAGUCGGUUGGAUUUCUAGCUGAUAUGAUUUAAUCUGUUCUUUGCAUGUCUGAGCAGCUAUGUGAUGGUCUAAGACUGAUUAUGGUUAAGUGAUAUGUUGGUGAAUAGACAUCAUUUGAUUGUGUCAUUGAUGACUCCUUCUAUAACAUUUUGGAAGGUAUUUGAUGGGACUGUGAUUGCUAGUGUUGGAUUUGUCUUGCUUUUUUUCUGAACAGGCCUUACUUAGCAAUUAAGGGGAAGACUCUCCAAUGAUGUGAGACAUACCUUGCACAAAAAUGGUUGUGGUCAUUGGAGAACAGGCAUCCCAGUCCUGGGAUGUCACUGCAGAAGUUCCUCAGAACAACUAGCUUCAGCUGCUUCAUCAAUAAUCUUCCUUCCAGCAUAGCUGCAGAAGUGGGCAUGUCCAGUGAUGAUUUGCACAGUGUUCACUUCUACUUGCAACUCCUCAAAACAUGAAGCAGCCCAUUCCUGCACGCAGCAAGUCCCAGACAGCAUUCAGGCUUGGGCUGAUAAGUUUUAAGUAACAUUUGCCAAGUAUCUCCAACAGGAGAGAGAGUUUAACCACCCGUCCUUGAAAUCCAAUUGCCUUAUCAUCACAUCCUCAAACAUUAAUUUUGGUGGAAUAACCAUUGACCAGAAACUCACUGAGCAAACCACAUAGCCACUGUGGCUUCAAGAGCAGGUUAGUUACUUUAUCCCACAGUGAUUAACUCAUCUCCUGAUGUAUUAAAGCCUUUCUAUAAGGCAGAAGUCAGGAGUGUGAUGGAAUACUUUCUUCUUGCCUGGAUGAGUGCAACUCAAACAACACUCAAAAAGUUCAAUAUAUCCAGGUCAAAGCAGCCUGCUUGAUUAGCACUCCAUUCACCACCCUAAAUGUUCAUUUCCUUUUUCACUGGUGCACUGUGAAUGCAGUGUGACCAUCUACAAAAUGCACUGCAGUUAUACUCCAAAAGCACCUCCAAACUCCAAGACGUACCACCAAGUGCAUAUGGACAUCUCCACCUGCAGAUUCCACUCAAUUUCACUGACUUGGACGUAUAUCACCAUUCCUUCAUCACUGCUAGUUCUAAAUCCUGCAGCUCCCUAUUCAACAGCACUGAGGGAGUACUUUCACCAGAAGGACUGCAGUGGUUCUAGGGUGGUUAAUGCUGGCCUUGGCAAUGGCACCCUGAUCUUGGAAAAUGAAAAAAUAAACAAAGUGGAUGGAAAGCCCGUACUUGAUGUAGCUGA